CGAUUUCACUUGAAGUUUCAAAGUCUCAUGAAGGAAGCACUAGGAUAGCAGAGCUCCUACUUGCUCAAUUAUGGUUCUUGCAAAAAGCGGCAAGGUGAAACGAUUGCUGAGAGCCCUUUUGUACAUAAAUUGCUAGGAGCUUUUCGCCAGGAAUCAGGACCAGUAUUCGAUAUCUUGGGGGCUUCUAGUGACUAACUUUUGAAUUCUAAUCGGGGCAGCAUUGCACUUGUAAACUGCUGGAAACAUUUGGGACCCUGCACUACAUCGGGGCUCUGAACCUGAUCCGGGGCCAUGUCACCUGUAGUUCUUUCAACAACAGUUUGCAACUGAAAAGAGCUUUGGAGAGAAUGUGUAUGGUUUUAAUUGCCGAAGUGCAUCUUGGGUGCUUGAUUGUAUUGUUCAGUUAUUGUCCUUAAGGGGCGGCAGUGCGCGCCGAUAGCAUUGAACAUUUUGGACAAUACGGGCGGUGAAAGCUUCGACGGUUUGGGCUUUUCGCCACGUGAUGGCGGAAGAGACCCCCCCGCCGCAGCUGGGCAGCUUCACGGACUCUGAGGGCGGCGAGGGGCGGCAUCUUGUACAGUGGCUCAGGGGCAGCUUGAGUGCGGAGCGGGGGGCGAGGAAAGCGGCGCAACGCAGCGUGGCAUCUUUGGAAGCCAGGCUGGCGAGCCUCGAGCGACAGCUUCAGGGACAGAGACCGGCGCGCAGCCCCGCCAAAAGCCGGCUACGCAAAUCGUCCGUAGGAGAGCCAGACGAUGGACGAAUGGGGGCAAAUGAGACGAGGCCACGUGGCAACGAAACGGCGGGGACAAGUGGCGCCCAGGAGUGGCAGGAGCGGUUGUCGCCGAGACGGUCCCCCGGGCGGAGUGCGGGGGGCAGACGGGCGGGGGAGGUUUUCGAAGGAAUGUCGCUCGAGUCCGCCGCGUGGCGCGCUUGGCAGACGUUCAGUGCAGAGAUGGCGCGCAUCGCGGAGGAGCGGGAGGCCCGGCAGAGCGCGCUCGAGCGGAAGGUGGACGGGCUAGCGAAGCAGGUCGACUCGCUGCUGCCGGCAAAUCCGCCGGCCGCUUUCCCCGGGCACGGCUCGUUAGCGACGAGCAGCGGUCGUUGGGAUCCGGUUAGCAUCGCCCCAGACUAUCACGACGUCCCGGGCACCUCUAGAGAAUCCCGGGGGUCGAGAAGUGCGGAGACGUCAAACGGAAGCGGUUCUAAGUUGGGGCGGAACAGGAACGAGGGCAGCUGGAAGCUUACCAUUCCGGGGCAGCGGAACGACUUUUUCGCAGCGGAACGGGAGGAGUCUCCGACGGAAAGGGCCCACGUGGACAGCCUCGCGAUCUGGGGGGGCUUUCCGAGUGUCUCUGGGGCCGAAGCGCGCCCCCCCAAAGAGUUUGCGGACAGUUUGUCUGCGAGCGGGAGUCUCGCUUUGAGUCGAUCGGGGGGCGCUAGAGCGACGCAUUUACGGACGUCGUCGGAAGGGGAUGCUCCGCUGUGGAACGGAGACCGGAAAACGGAAAGCGAUUCGGAGCAUGGGGGCGAUGUGAAGGAUGCGGCUGUUGGCGGAACCCCUAGCGGAACUCGCGAAGAGGAGCACAUCGAAGCGGCCGAGGAAACCGGAAUAGUUCCCAGCUCCAAUCCCGAGUUGCAGCACGGGGCUCUGUAUUCACCGUUGGAGGAUGACACCGUUUGGGAGAGCCUUAUGUAUGGCGGGCCCCAAGACCCCGCUAGUGUUCAGGAACCAGACGGCUUAGAAAGCCACGAUUAUGAGGAGGUGCUAGCGAAAAUCCAGGGACACCUGGAUAACAGAAUGCUAGGCUUUGAAAGAUAUGGAGGAGGCGCGAUUCCGGAAGUGGACGGAAUUCUGGACGGAUUCGGAGGAGCGCCGCAAACGGAAGCGGCGACAAGACCCCCGCAGAUGCCAUACGUGACGUUGCCAAACACUCCGUUGCACGAAGCGGCCGGACUUCGGUCGCAAUUGAGCCGGUCGGACAGUGGGGCUAGCUCAGACUUCAGGUAGAGUCUACAUUUUUGCAGAGUUCCCGCUCGCAGCUAUUCAUUCGUUACCAACUCGAUUCGAAGUUGGUCAUACAUUGGGAACAUCCAAACUGACGUUUGACAAAGAUCCAACAGCCGCCUGCACAUUUUCACCGGAAAUUGCUCACCGCAG